CGCCGCAGUCAGAAUGAGCUCGCGGUUUGCAAAUGGAAGAUGCGAGCUGGGAGUUGCAUUCGCUCGAUGUCGCAGAUGCAGACGCCUUUGCAUUGCGCUCCUCUCUUUGGCAGUGGCGCUGGGCAAUGGCUGGCUCCAGCCGUCUUUUCUGGUGGGUCAGGGUCACCGAAGCCCAGAAACAACGGCAAGGAGAGCGAACGAAGAAGAUAGUGGGCCAGGUGGCCAAAGCCUUCUGAGCCAAUUCAUGCCCGGCGUGGUGGUCUUCGGGGCCGACUACUGCGGCCCUUGCAAGGCUCUGUGCCGGCGCCUCCGCAGUUUGGGCCUGGAGGAGGGCAGCGCAUGGCACUACGUGGACUCGGAGGACUUCAGCGCGGGCGGCGGAGCGGACAUGUUCAACUCCUUGCUGGGAGCCGCGCCCUUCGCGCCCUUGCCCUUGCUGGCAGUGCUGGGCACUGCGGGCCCCAUUGAGCUGGAAGCUGGAAAGGAGCUGCUGGGCCUCAGUGACGAGGAGUUGAGGCUUGUCCGAGAAGACCUUGACUCCAUUGAGAGAAACAUCCUGGAGAAGGUCCAAAGAAGGCGGCAGGUGAGAUCUGCCUCGGCGCCAAGAGGCAUCUCAGGUUCCAAGCCGCAGCCCACCGCACUUGCGGGGCUGACACUCGUCUCGGACUCUCCGGACUCCACAGACCCCACCCUUCCACCUCACAUGCAGCUGGCAAUGGUGCCAAAGCCUUUGCUGCUGAAGCCGCCGGAUUGCUUCGACCUUUGGAGGGAGUACGACUCCAUUCAGCAUGCGAAGGAACAAAUGGAAGCCAAAAGAAGAAGACAGGAGCAGGAGAAAAGAUACCGCGAGGCGCUGGACGAGCAAGUUCACAAUGCUAAAUUUCGACAGAACGGGAAGGCUGCUGAGAAGCAACAGGACCGCGACGUCGUUCUUGCUCAGGUCGAGCGCGAGCAAGCAGACGUUGCAAAAGAGCAAAUCAAGAAAGUGCAGGCAAAGGCGGUGCAGAAGCAGGCAUCGCUGCAGUUUCUCGCCAGGGCCGAGAAGCAGAAGCUCGCGGCCGCGCAGCGUGCGCAAGCAGAGCAGGCAGCGAUGGAUCAAACACUGCAGCGUGAAGGGCAGUACCGUCAGCAGGAGUUUGAGCGACGGCAGCAGCACAAGCAAGAGGAGUCUGCGCUGAUGAGACAGCAGUUCGAGCACGCCCAGAGGCUACAGCAGCAAGCGAAGCAACAUGAGAAGGAGGAAGAUGUUCGGAGAGCUGCAGAAUGGGCUCAACUUGCGCCGCAGGCUUCCAAGCGCCCCAAACGCACGCCAGCCCCGAUCAGCAGAAUGGCCGAAGCGGCCGUGGAGCAGCAAAAGGCCAAGGAAGCAGCCCUUGACCAGCUCAUCGAGAGCAACUGCCGGGCACACACUCAGAAACAGCUGGACAGCUUCUUCGCGCAGAAGGAGGAGCGAGCAAGGAGGACUAGGGAUAUGUACGCAGCCAUCAAGCAGCAGGCUGAGAGUAACCGCAAGGGUGAGGAUCGAGCCGACCUGUGGCAGGCAGAGGUCUGGCGCGAGAGCGCGGAGGCCGCUGCUGCUGCGGACCGCGACAAGAAGCUGGCCAAGCGCGCCGCCCGCAAGGAGGUGGAUGCCUGCCUCUUCGAUGCGAUGAUGAGGAGGGCAGGUGCACACAAGUCUGAGAAGGGGAUCGGAGAUCAUGUCAGGGAGCGAGAGCUGCUCCUCAACAGGCCACUUGUCCAGCGCAUGGUGAACCACGAAUUUAGAACUGAUCACACGGAGCCGAUGUUGAAGAAGGCCCUGACGGCCAAGCAGCUGCAAGUCUCCGCGAGGAAUCCGUCAGAGUGAGACGGCCUUGACGUGUUGCCACUGCAAGCAGCCCAGAUCUCUGAGAGACCUUCGGGCUGUUUGCACCAAAGCGCCUUCCUUACAUUUAUGUGCAGCCAUGGCUUCUGGAUUCAGUGGCUUUGACUCCGCUGCCCCGGAU